GACGCCGCUGUCUGGACAACAACCAACGCUACUGAGCUUAACAUUGAGCACAGAUUCUCAUUUCAACUCACUUCGUUGACUCGAAUUACGAAAUUAACUAAAAAAAAAUGGAAAAGAAAGUAAUUUCUAAAAAAGCCCCUUGGUUUGACUAUGCUAGUAAAGGAGCAUUGGAGGAUUUCUACACAAUACAAGAAACAUUAGGAAGAGGUGCUAGCUCAGUUGUGAAGGUUGCGGAAAAAAAUGGAACCGGUGAAAAAUAUGCUGUUAAAAUUUUGAGCAAAAAGGCUGAAAAGAAACUCGUGCAGACUGAGAUUGGUAUAUUGCUUACGUUGUCUCAUCCACACAUUAUCAAACUAUUUGACAUUUAUGAAUCUGGCACUAAUGUCUACUUGGUUUUGGAAAGAGUCACUGGCGGAGAAUUAUUUGACAGAAUUGUUUCAAGAGGCUGGUACAGUGAAAGAGAUGCUGCCCACGCCCUCAAACAAAUUUUACAAGCAGUUUCGUAUCUCCACUCAAAAAAUAUCGUACAUCGGGAUCUGAAGCCGGAAAAUUUGCUUUACGCUGAUGAAUCGGACAACUCGUCUCUCAAGGUCGCUGACUUCGGGUUGUCGAGGAUCAAGGACAGCGACUUCAUGAAGACUGUAUGCGGAACACCGGGCUAUGUCGCACCGGAGAUACUGCUUGGAAGGCCGUACACUGAGGCCGUUGAUAUUUGGGCGAUCGGUGUCAUCGCUUAUAUCCUUUUGUGCGGAUUUGAGCCUUUCCACGACGACAGAGGUGAUCAAGCAAUGUUUCAACGAAUCCUUAAAUGCGACUACAAGUUCGUUUCUCCAUGUUGGGACGACAUUUCACUCGGUGCUAAGGACUUAGUAAAAAAGCUAUUAGUGCUCAACCCGAAGCGACGUCUCACUGCUAAAGCUGCUCUUGAGCAUCCGUGGGUGAAGGGGGAGGCAGCUAACUUUGUACAUAUGGACCGAACUAUAGACAAGAUUAAGUCCUACAACGCCAAGCGUAGGUUCUGGGCGACCGCGCAAACUGUGACCGCAUUCAACAGAAUCUGCAGUCCUUCCACCAGUACCGGCUCCAACGACGACGACGAGCAAACAGAAGACUAAUUCUCUCUCUUACGCCCUUGGCGGUCGAAUUGUAUCACCCUCAUAAACCUAUUUGUUCCUCGCCCAAACUCGUUGUCAUUUUUAAUAAGUUUUUUUCUGCAUCAGCACAUUUUAAGUUAUGCACACCACACUGUACCGUGUUCUCAAUAAGCGUAGCAGUAUUUAUUACAGCUACAUCUCAUUCCUUUUCCUCAAAUUGAACUAAAAUCCAAUUUUGUUUUAUUUUAUGCACAUAUAUUUAAAGCACGAGAUUACAAGAAGCAAAUUAUAUUUCUUUUAUAUUGAUUAUACACGUACGAAUGUCACAUUAUAAAGUUUAUGUUUGUUUAUCAGGAUUUCUUUGCAUCGUUUUUUAUGUAAUCUUUUUUAACCCGUCGAAGUAUGUCGCCAUUUUCGAUUGUUGUACUAAUGUGUUCCUUGUUUAUACUUUGUUCAAACCAUGU